AGUAUAGUCGGAGUCGAAGUCAGGAGACGGCGCGUUAUGCUCUUUGCAAACUUUGACAUGUCUGAUUUGCCAUCGUUGUCUUCUCGUUUCCGCUUCUCGCUCACAAUUAAUUCCAUGGUUUGCGGAGGUAUGGGUCAAUUCGGCAAUCAUGGGAGAGCUGUUCAGGAGCUAUUGAGUCGAGGCCUCCAGGUCGUGUCUCUAUACAGAAAGUUGUUCGCCCAGUGUAGGGGGUACGGAUUGCGUUCGGCACGCUUGGAAGAUGCUAUUCGUCUCCUCAUCUCUCGCCGCAAACCUCUGCAAGCGAAACAUGAUGCCAGCUUUUCACCCCGCCAAAUGCGGGAAGGGCGGCCGAAUAAUGCGGGAAUGGAACGGUUCCUGCAAGUACUACAGCUCGAUAAACGCUUUGAUUUCAUACACGUAACCGGGACGAAAGGCAAGGGUAGCACCUGUGCCUGGACCGACGCUUUGCUAAGGUCGCAUUUCCGGUCAAAUGGCAUUCCAGGAAAAGUCGGACUGUUCACGUCGCCGCACCUUACAAGCGAGCGAGAACGUAUUCGAACUGACUUCGUGCCAGUUUCCGAAGCAAUUUUUGCUGAGCGGUUCUUUCAUGUAUGGAACACGCUACUCCAAGACGCGAACGGGGAUGAGGAGAAGAUGCCCAGAUAUUUUCAACUGCUCACACUCCUCUCGGUGGACAUUUUUAACCAUACCGGGACCAAAGUCGGCAUUUACGAAGUUAACAUCGGCGGCCGGUGGGAUUCGACCAACUGCUGGGACGACACGGUUGUCUGCGGCUUUAAUACUAUCGGGCUCGACCAUACCCCCAAGCUUGGCCGCACAAUCCCAGAGAUUGCCCGGAACAAGGCGGGCAUUAUGAAGCCCGGCUGCCUGGCAUUUUCCGUCCCUCAAACACCUGAGGUGCGCGAGCAGCUGGAAGAAGAAUCGAAUCUGGUCGGCUGCCCACUUGUCUUUACCAACGACCGUCCCUCUCGUGUUCCUGAUACGGACAGGCCGGAGCUCCUUCUGGAGCCGGUGCGCAACAACUUUGCCCUAGCAAUUGAACUAGCCGACGCAUACCUAAAGUCUUGUUUGAACAGCCAGCUUUCAGACGAAGACAUUAUCGGUGCCGUCCACAUUUACGACUGGCCAGGUCGCUUCCAGAUGGUCGAAGAUCCUGGAACCAGAACACGGUUUUAUCUUGAUUCCCCUGCCAACUCUCUGAGUAUACCUGUGUCGCUUGAUUGGUUUAUAACCCAGGUGCAACACCACGCGUCCGUCGCCCUACCCACCCCUUCUAAACCUCGACAGCCUACUAGGAUCUUGAUCUUCGGUCAUGACUCCACACAUCGUGACGCUUCUACGGUCGCGCGAGCAAUUGCUAGCCACUGUUAUGAACUUAAGUUUGCCUUCGAUAAGAUUAUCCUUACCAGCCAUAAGCAUCCAGUUAACGGCUUAGUGCUUUUUGGGAAGCAGCGUGCUAGCGAGACGAUGGGCGUGUGGGAGGAGAUGUAUGGAUCUCCUGUUGUCUCUUUCGCCGAAUCUGUUGAAGAUGCUCUGGAAAGCUGCAGCCCCAUCAACGAUUUGGGCUCACAUGUGCUAAUUGCUGGACAUACCGAUUUGGUAUCGUCGGCCUUGCCGGUACUAAUGACGGGGGUCAAGUUAAAGCUAAACAAACUCACCAGUCAUGAUGGGACCUCGGGAGGAAGUGGAGCACGGCUAUGA